CAAAGGAAAAGCCAGCUCCUGUGGUUUCUUCUGCACCAGUGAAUGCUUCAGUUUCUGCUCCAUCGGUUGUGAAGGCUGCUUCCAAGGGCAAAAACACUGUGGCAAGUGAUUUCAAUGACUUGAACAGUUGGCCAUCUUUAGGUGCUGGUAACAAGGACGGAUCGGAUCCCCAAUCACCCAGACGCAAGAAGGAGACCAACUCUGCUGGUUCAAAGACCCCUCCUGUCGCGUCCACAACGCCCCCGUUGGUGAGCGAGCAGGUAGAGACUGCCCCUACGCCCAACACUUCAGCUACUGUCCCUGCAGCACCUCCUGUUCCUGAUAUUACCACCUCCCCAAGGUCACCCAAGCCCGUCUCAACCGACCAGGCCUCACUGGCUCCAGCUUCAGCUGCUCCUGCAGCUCCUGUCCCUGCUCCUGUGGUCACCAAGGAUGUCACAUCUCCGAGGGCCAAGGUGCAGCAGUCGACGGCAUUGUCUGCAGAGAAGGAUAAGAGGGCGGAGGAUGGAAAGGGGGAUGGACAGAAAGGAAACAAGAAAAAUCGUGGUAAAGACAAGAAGCAAAAGUGGAUCCCCCUUCAGCUAGACCCACCCGAGCCACGAGGUAAGGGAGGUCGGGAUCGUGAUCGGGACCAUGUUAGGGGUCGCAACGCAUCAGGGGGAGGAGGGAGGAUGCGAGAUAGGCCAGUGCGAGACUGUGACCGCGAGAUGAACUGGCGUGAUGUGCCUCGCAGUGGAGGAUCUGAGCCAGCGAAGAGGUCAGAACGUCCCCGUGGGGAUAGCAGGACCAGCAGAGAAACAUUGACAAAGGCUGCCGGUUUUGCUCCACCCAAGGACGAUAGGAGUCGCAGCCCUAGUGCAUCAAGCAUUGACAGCCGUAGCUGGCAGAGCCAGAGGAGCUACCGAGGUAGAGGCAGGGGUAGAGGAAGGGGUGGGAGAGGCAGAGGGGGUGGUGGACGAGGUAGCUACUCCGGUAACUUCUGGCAGAGCAACAGCAUGGAUGUCCCAGGAACAACUAAUAACGAACAAACAUCUCCAGAUUCUGAAUUAUUCCAAGAAUUUGUGCCACAGUACUAUGACCUGGGCAGCGCUGACGCCACUGCAACUGGAGGCACCACCGGCAGCACCACUACCACCACCACCACCUCCAGGGUCAGCACCGGCACCAGAUCGGCCAGCGCCGGUGGGGACGCAGACUUUGAUACCCCUCAGUUUGUGACUCCGCAGUAUAACAACCCUGUGUUCUACGAUGGCUCCACCCCGGUGUAUACUCCAAGCCUUGCCUCAACGUCGUCUCUCUCCUUCUCUCUGGAUGAGGGCACCCUUAAAGAUUAUGUCAAGAAACAAAUUGAAUACUACUUCAGCGUAGAGAAUCUGGUGAAGGAUAUAUUCUUGAGGAAGAAGAUGGAUGCAGAGGGAUACCUACCGGUCAGUCUUAUCGCCAGUUUCCAUCGAGUCAAGGCCCUGACUAGUGAUGUUGGCAUCAUCACCACGGCCCUGAAUGACAGCACCGAGGUGGAGCUAUCAUCAGACAAGUCCAAGGUCCGCUGCCGGCUCUCCCCCAUGCAAUGGGUCAUCAACGAUCCACUAACACCCACCAAACACGAGCUCUCCUACGACAGCCCAGAGUUCAUCCCUGGCAAACCCUAUCCUUACACCUCAUCAUAUAACCAAGAUACAGAAUCUGCACCAGUCUCCCCCACACCUGUGGAGACCAUGGAGUCUAGUGACAGAGCCUCUGAUGGUGAGACCAGCGGUCAAGGAAUGUCCAGUAUGAGGGUACCCAUGACACCGGGACUGUCCACCAGCCUACCGGAGAAAGAACCAGGAAAUUGGACAGAGGUCAAGAGGAGGCAUAAAGUGCCAACUCCGAAGGAUAAGAGGGUGACGUCUCCUCAAACGGAAUCACAGGAUCAUUUUGAAGGAGCUCAGGAGGAGCUGGACUUUCAGUUUGAUGAAGAGCUUACGGAGAUCACCGGCAGGAAAAAUACCUUCUCAGAGUGGUCCGAUGACGACGAUGAGGAUUACGAGAUCUCGGACAACGAUCUCAACAAGAUCAUCAUCGUGACGCAGACCCCGCCCUGUCUGAAGAAGCACCCCGGAGGUGACAGGACAGGAUACCACGUCUCGCGCUCCAAGAUGACCGCUAACCUAGCCAAGAUCAUCAACGAUGGACUCUACUAUUAUGAAAUGGAUCUAUGGGAUGAAGAUCUCACUAAGGGUGAAAUAGCACUACUGGCUGCAUCGACGGGAACCCACACACCUUUCAGCAAGAUCCAGACCAUCACCAACGAAGAGUUCUCCUGCUUGACCCCUGAGAAACCCCACACCAGGCAGGUAGUACCCCCCGCUCCUCCAGCAGAGAGCAGUCCAGAGGGCGACGUGACUGCAAUGGAAGGAGAAGAAGGAGGCGUGGCAAUCCAGAAGAGUGCAGUGCGUUCAGUGAAGGUGGAGUCAUCAGUAGUAGCGAGGUCAUUACCUACUGCAGUACCAGAAGGCCCUCUCCUACGUGAGGCCAUGAGGACACCACGUACCCCAAGGGGCAAGGCUCAGAUGUCACCUAGGUUCUACCCUGUUAUGAAGGAAACCAAGCCCAUUGAUAACAAGACUCCCAGGAAACGCAAGACAAAGCACAGUGAAGACCCACCUGUCGAGAGCCAUGUUGGUUGGGUGUUGGAUUCAAGAGAACAUAUAGCAAGAUCCAGGCAUGCAUCUACAAGUUCACCGUCAGAGGGUGCACCUAUCAGCACCAGCUAUGGAACCCCACUCAACUUCCCCAAGUUUGAGCAUCCUUCCCAUGAGCUCCUCAAAGAUAAUAACUUCACUCAGCAUGCUUACCACAAGUACCAUCAAAAGUGUCUCAAAGACCGCAAGAAGCUCGGAAUCGGCAAGUCUCAGGAAAUGAACACCCUCUUCCGCUUCUGGUCGUUCUUCCUCCGAACGAACUUCAACAAGAAGAUGUACGACGAGUUCAAGAACCUUGCCGUGGAGGACUCGAUGCAGGGCUACCGUUACGGACUAGAGUGUCUCUUUAGGUAUUUCAGUUAUGGUCUGGAGGUCAAGUUUAGGCCAGAUAUCUAUCAGGACUUCCAGACGGAGACAUUACGGGAUUACGAAUCGGGGCAACUGUAUGGUCUUGAGAAGUUCUGGGCUUACCUGAAGUAUUCCCGAUUGAGAGAGCUGACUACCUUGCCCGAGCUCUCUGAAGCACUCAAGAAGUACAGGACACUUGAAGACUUCAGGGUGGAGCCCCCUAUCAGUGAGAACAAGAAGUCCGGUGGAUCCGGGGACGCCAAGAAGUCCAAGUCCAGUCGAAGUAGACAACAGUCCACAUCCGACCAAUCAGAACAGCAGAGCAAUCUGGAAUCUCAGGGUGCUGUCGGGGGAGCGGAAGAAUGAAUGCCUCUUCUCGACCCCCCUGCAGGAUUCAAAUGCUUCGUAUGGUACUAGAACAUUGUUACACAGCAGUAAAGCAUCUAGAUGGCCAUGUUGUCAUUGAGGGAUGUGGAUUAUGCCAUUUGUGAUUUGAUGGGCCAUUGAGCUUGCAGCAUUGUGAAUCGUCUGUGGCAUGCUUGUUGGUAGGAACAGACACUCUGAAGUGGAGUCAUUCAGUUUGCAUGGGGUUUGGGCCCGGAAGGCAUCAACUCUUGGACCAGUUGUGCAACUUGCUGUCCUCAACCACGGAUUACUAAGGAUUUCUAAGGAUAACGUGCUCGAUUUCAUAGCGCUGUGUUGUAAACCUACACGAAAACUAGGUAUCUGGGAAUGAAUCAUCGCAGAUAUUGAGUUUUUCCGCCAUGGAUAUCGAAGAGCAUCAAGCCCCUCUAUGGAUCAUUGUAUCAUUACUGGUCAGGAGGUCAUCUGCUUCCAUGAAUUUAUACCCUGGCUAUACUGACCAGUCGGGCAUCACCAUGAGUUAGGAGGCGUUCGGUGUUUUCCUUCCUACGAUGUUUAACAGUUGCCAUGACACCCUCUCUAUAGUUCGGUGGUUCCAAGUUUUGUGUUAGUGCUGGCGUUAGAACUUAGAAGCACAAUAUAGAUGCCUUUCCCCGUCUCUAAACCCGAUGUGAGUGUACAACAAUGGUCUAAAUCACAUUAAUGGUAGCCCAACGCCUGGUGAGAUUUGGCUCCUAACACAAAGUUUAGCGAUUGAUCAUACGUCUUAUUCCCACGCUUGAUUGUACACAAUGACCAUUGUAAUAAAUCAUUAAAGUCAGAAUGGCGAUCAAUCACUAAUCUCUAUGAAACACCUCAUGGUAUCUCGAGAGAUACUGCUCUGUUCUUUAGCUUGGGGCUAGCUUCUAUUUUUCUUACUUCACUGUCGAUUUUCAUUGGAAUAAACGGAAUGAUUAGCAAGACGUGUUACCUAGUAUAAUUCUUGGAUGUUGCUUACAUGGUGUAACUGUCUUCUUCUUUCAAGCCUUACCAUAAUGAUGGAAUGAAUGCAUAUGACCCUGCUCAUUCUAAUGAAUCCUUGGAAUGCUUGUAACCUUAUGUUUGCCAAAAAUAGUUAGCACCUCUGUAUCGCCCCCUAUUGGAGUCAAAAUAUGUUGGGUGUUUUCCUCAGGGUCCCUGUUCUUGAAGGAUGUGUGAAUAUAGUUCUUUGCCCUUUUUAUGGCAACCAGUAUGGCAGCAUGGCUGAGCAGCAAAUCGGACUCCACCAGGUUGCCAGGACAAUAACCAUAACCACAAAGUUACUGAAAUCACAGGUCUCAUGAAACAGGGGCCUUUCAUAAAGAUUUACAGCUAUGGUAAUUUUACCACUAUAGUGUCUACCAUGGAAACUUUUAUUGUACCGGUAAUUGACUGUUGAGCCCCGUUACCAUGGUAGUUACCAUAAUGGCAAAGUAGCCAUAGUUGUAACUGUUUGAAACCGGUGCCAGAACCAGUUCUUAAUCGCGAGAUGGUGCAAAGUUAUUUCUGAAAUGAUAUAACAAAUGUAGAUUUCCAACAGCAAUAAGUGACACUGUUUGUUUGGGGGGGGGGAUGGUUUUCAGGAAUGUCUUUUAUCUAUCCUUUCAAGUGGAUCGAAUUGAGUGGUUUUGAUCAAAAUAGAUUUAGUAAAUGAGAUCGGGUUCUGUUUAAGGUCUGUUCAACUUCCACCCUCUUUAGGGCUGCCAAAUUUUGUAGUUGAUAUGAUCAAGUUCUCAGUUGAAAUUGACUUUUUAUAUUAGUACCCUAUUCCCUCUUGAUAUAUGCUAAAAAGUACUUUCUUAAGCACAAGUAUAAGUAAUUAUAUUUGUUUUGUCCUUGACAUUGUCCGUCAAUAUAUAUUUAUCUAUUUGUAGACUUUUAUUAUGCUGCAUUUCGUGUUCAGUUCACAAUAUUUUUACUUGCUUCUAUCUUAAUAGUUAUGUAACAUGUUUUUAAAAAUGUAUGGCAGUGGUCGAGAAGAGUUUAGAUGUGACUCAAAGUUCCUUUUAAGUUCUUAGAUGAGUGUGGCAUGUUACACAUCACCAUAUUGGUCAGAUUGUAUUUGGGGGGAUGCGGACCUCUGCGCGGUCGUAUGUGAAAAAAUGUGUUACACACAUGUGUAUUGGCAUCUUUGCGCGAACUCAAGCCACAUUAUUUUCAUGACACAAAGCUUAGAUUGAUGGAACAUUCGAUUUGUUAGAUUGCUUGUUCGUAAUGAUGGAAACAAUCAUAAUGAUUAAUCCUAUGUAACCGUACGAUCAAUCCAGGAGCUUUGUGUUCCAUGACCAUGGUGAUGCUCAGAAUUGUCGGAUAAAAGUUUGAAGAUUAGAUAUAUUGAAAUGACACUUAUACACAAAAAAGUCUGCGCCAUGCCCAUGUCCUAAGGCUGGAAUCCCACCUUGAAGGCACUAAGCAUCUUUCACUGUGACUUUCCUGCAUUUCCCAUUGUUAUGUCGAUGAUGAAGUGCAAGGAUUAGCGAUGAAGAGCUGCUUGCAGGAUUCCCGCUAGAAAGGCCCAGCACAGGAUUUUGAUAAGGUGCCUCUAAGAUAAAGCAUAUGUCAAUAUAUUUUUGAUAAAAUGUGAUUAAACCUGAGAAUGGAUAUAGUAGAAAAAUUCUCAUUUGUUCCUAGUCUCAAAUGCUGUAGGGUAUUGCCACCAUUUGCAAAAGUUUAAGACCACCUCCUGAAACUUUGUGUGUAUGGCACAUGUAUAUCAUUGUAUUAUACUGCUAUAGUUUCUUUAAAUUCGGCCUAUUAUAUUUUGGUGUCGAUAGUGUGAUUGAUCUCAAUGGUUGAAUGGAAAUUAGUUUAAAGAAAUUUGCCCAAUACCUUGACUAAUUUUGUUUUCAAAAGUAUUUUUACUUCAAAAUCAUGUUUUUUUAACGAAAGGAAUAGUCAAGCUACUGGACAAUUAAACCAAUCUCCCUUUUACCAUUCAAAUAAGACACAGAACACCAUUGAAUAAUAAUAGGUCAGUUUUUAAUGAAAUUCUUACAGUAUAUUACAAUUAUAUUCAAGCACUAUACACAUACAUUUUUUCAGGUGGACUUAAAAAUUAUGGUAUUUUAUUUUGAAGCAGUUUUUCAGUUACUAAAAGACUAAUGAAAGAAAAAUUAAGUCGGUCAUCUUUGAUUAAAAAAAAUUCUUAUAUAGAGAAAGCAGAGAAAUUUUAAAGAAAACCACCUGAAGCUCUGUCGUAAUGUUUUAGAUACCCGGAUAAAUGAUUAUGAUAUUUGUAAACUUAUUCCUGUAAUUGGUCAUCAUGCUUCUCAUUUUCUUGUUGAUGAAACUCACUAUGGUAGAGGUAGUAGUAUAAGACAUAUUGUGGCUGGGCUGAUAAAACCUCGUAACUCAAAAUUUAAAAUUUUUGGGAAGGCUGUAAGUCAAAAAAUCUAGCAAUGGUGGCAGUCUCAUGUCUGAAAACAGUCUCCUGAUACCUGUGAAGAACUCUUUCCAGACAAAAGAAGGUUGCUACCCGCGUUUUAACUCUCAAAUCCAGCUUAUUCUGAUCUGUCAUCAAAAUAUUUAAAUUUUGAGAUGCAAUGUUUUAUCAGCCCAGCCGCGAUAUGCUACUUUGCAUCUCAUGUUUAAGAAUAACAGAUGCAAACAAAAAACCCAUGAUUUUUAUGCUGUCUCUAUGUAUGAUGACAAAAAGUAUUGUUUCUUUACCUUUUCUUUUUACUGGCCUUGAUAAUGUUUAAUUUUCUUCUCUGGGUGUGAUUGUAAAUAUAAAUUUAUACGCAUAUAAAAAAGAGAUAUUAUCGGACAAUUUUAGUUCACGCCUCUAAGAUGCACUUAGUACAUGUAUGUGUCCACUAUGUGGAAGUAUAUUAGCCAAUUGCUUAAAUGUCUUGAAAACUUAUAUCACGUUAAAACAUUCCCUUGAACACUUGUAGUACAAUAUUUUUGUAGUGUCUAGCUUUUACAGACUCGAGUUUUCAUAUAAUAUGCUUUCAUUUUCAUGGUAUUUUAACUUUUGAAAGCUUUUACUUGCUUGAGGUCUUCUUACUGGUAUUCAUAGAUGCAUAUCUUAUUUUCAUCUCAUCGAAAUCAGAAAUUCUUUGAUUUUAGAGUUGAGUAGUGGGGAAGGAGUUUGAAGUUAAUUGGUCAUUAUGUUCACAAAUUUACAAACUUUUUUUCAUUUUAAAUGGGUAUUAUAUCCAGAUUAAAUUUUGCAUUUUAACAUUUUAUGCAAUAAUAUAUUAUUUCUUUUAAUAAUGAGCCUGCAAAAUAGCAUAGUUAUGUUAAAAUUUCAUGUUAAAAUCCUCUAGCUGUAGAAAAUUUACAGCUUUUUUUUUUAGGAAUAGAUAUGAAAGUCAAACCCUGUUUUUAAAUUGAUUUUGGUAAAAAAUAACCUAUAAAUGGUUGUGUGUCUAUUUCAUCUAGAGGUUAAAGCACCUCAAAAGAAGUCCUUCUAAAUUAAUAAUUUUGAUAUUCUAAUGAGAUUUUUCCCAAAAAAAUGCACGUGAUAUAUAUUCAAGAGAAAUAAAUGAAAGGAGGGGCUUUUUAAUUCUACAUUUCAUUUUUUUUUUGGCCCAAUAUUUCAUCCAUUUCAGCUUUGAUAAGUAUCUUUAUUGGGGUGUUUUAAGUAAAACUAAAAAUUAAUUUGCCUUGUUGCAUAAGGCUGCAGAUAUAAAGGUAAAAUAUCAGCAUAUUUGAUGAUUUUCUUUUUCUCUUUAUGAAGUUCAAAUUUUUAACAGGUAAGGGAACCACAAAAAAAUAUGAAAAUAUAAAAAAACUUAACAAAAAGAGGGAUGAUUCGAAAUAUGAUGUGCAUAGUGUAUAUAAUGCAGAAUGUCUAAAUUAUGUAAUUAUUCGUUUAGAAAUUAUGUUAUGGUUUGAAUACCUGCAACCAAUUUACUUGUUAGUGUACAUGUAGGUGCGGAAUAUUUGACAGUAUUUUAUCCACAAAGUGAGAGAAGAAUUUAUGAGGAAAAAAAACUACAAUGGAGUGAUGUAUGAACAUUUGCCUUGCAUGAUUGAUUAUAUAUUGAAUUCUUAAAGAAGUAUUUUGAACUUUUUACAUCUUCCUAAUUUACAAGACUUGUAUUUUUCUGUAAAUAUGCUUUUCUGGGAAUGAUUUUACCAUACGUUUCUUUGGAUGGCAAGUUGGAGAUUUUUUUGAUGUUUGAGUAUAGUAUAGUUUUUCUCUUAUCCGUUUUAACAUUUUAAAUCCUUUAUCAUGUAUGGGGAAUAUAUUUUUGAAGAAAAAAGUGAUCACAUAUUGUUUGUUUGAAAUGUAAUUGCUUUAAAAAUGAAAAUGAGUUGUCUUUAUGCACUGUUGGAAAGUAUGUGUAGUAAAAAAAAAAAACAGGAAAAAAAAAUGCAGAAAAAG